AUGGGUUUUCUUGAUGGAACGUUUUAUGCAACACCGCCAUUUUUCGAUCAAAUCUUUACUAUCCACGGCUUGAAGUUUGAUUGCGCUUUUCCAUGUAUAUUCGCAGUGCUGCCCGAUCGAAAAAAAGCAACGUAUCAAGAACUAUUUCAAGAAGUAAAAUCUAUUGCGGCAUCUAUGGGUCAAAUAUGGCAACCCGAUCAAAUCAUGUCUGAUUUUGAAACAGGUCUCAUGCCAGCAGUAUCUGCAGAAUUUCCUUUAUGUGUUCAUAAAGGCUGUUUCUAUCACUACUCGCAGUGCUUGUACCGACGUAUUCAAUCUACUGGUUUAGCUACAGCUUACUCUCAAGACGAAGCAUUACGAAGUUGUUGUAAAAAGCUCAUGGCUCUUCCAUUUCUACCAAUUAAUGAAGUUGAAAAUGCUUUUUAUUCUUUACGUACAACAGCUGAUCAAGAGGUGAAAAAAAAACUCCGUGAUUUAUUUUUAUAUUUUGAUGAUUAUUGGUUAAACACUGUGCCUGUUGAAAUGUGGAACAUCCAUGGAUGUGAUCAUCGCACUAACAACAUUUGUGAAGGAUUUCACAGUCGACUGAAUCGAAGAAUCGAAAGCGCACAUGGAAAUAUGUGGUCAUUCAUCCGAUGCAUCAUUAGCGAAGAAGCUCGGUUUCAACACUUGUAUGUGCAAACCAUCACAGGUGCACGACGUCGACCAGUUCCACGUUCUACAAAUAGUAUUCAAGGGCGUAUUGAUACGCUUAUGGCUCGAUAUAACGACAAAAACAUUGAUGUGGAACAAUUGUUGGACAAUUUAUCGUUACUCAUUGGGAAGAAAAAAUAA